AUGGUUAUUCUUCGUCGAUCUGCUCAUCGUAUUGGACGCAAUGCUGCAAGAACUGUGAAUCCAGGAACAACGACGGUGAAUAAGGCUAUUCCGAUGAAUGAACCACCUAUUCUGGUGACAAAUUCGACGAAUCCACAAGUUUCUGCAAUUCCGGUGCCAUCCUUUGAAGUUUCGCAACAAUCUUCUCCUGCUUUUGACAUCGAUGGAAUUUAG